CCCGAAGUAAACGUUUGGUUCACAUUUACACAUGUCGAUGUUUUUAAUUUGUUGAGUUAUAAAAUUAUUAAAAAUGCCGAUUUCAGAGGAUGCAUUGAAAGAUAUUUUCUUUGAAGAAGAUGAUCUACCCUAUGAAGAAGAUAUUCUGCGAAAUCCCUUUUCUGUUAAAUGCUGGUUACGAUACAUUGAACACAAGUCUGCUUCACCCAAAUCAAUAAUAAACGUUAUAUAUGAGAGAGCUUUAAAGGAAUUACCAGGAAGUUAUAAACUAUGGUACAACUAUUUAAAAUUGAGGAGGAGUCAAGUAAAAGGACGAUGUGUUGUAGAUCCAGCAUAUGAAGAUGUAAAUAGUGCCUAUGAAAGAUCACUAGUAUUUAUGCAUAAAAUGCCUCGAAUAUGGCUGGAUUAUUGUCAGUUACUGAUUGAUCAAGGGAAGAUAACUCGUACACGUCGAACAUUUGAUCGAGCUUUACGGUCAUUGCCUGUUACACAACACAACCGGAUUUGGCCACUGUAUUUAAAAUUUGUAAGAAUGUAUGAUCUAAAAGAAACUGCUGUUAGAGUUUAUCGUCGCCAUUUAAAGUUACAGAAAGAAACAGGUGAAGAAUAUAUAGAGUAUUUAAAAUCUAUUGGUUGGUUAGAUGAAGCAGCUAUUAGACUAGCAGAUCUAAUCAAUGAUGAAACUUUUGUUUCUAAAGAAGGCAAAUCAAAACAUCAGUUAUGGAAUGAAUUGUGUGAGCUGAUUGCCAAAAAUCCAGAUAAAGUUACAUCAUUAAAGAUAGAACCCAUUAUUCGGCAAGGUUUAAAACGCUAUUCUGAUCAAAUUGGUGUUUUGUGGAACUCUUUAGCAGAUUAUUAUAUCAGAGGUGGCCAUUUUGAAAGGGCACGAGAUAUUUAUGAAGAAGCUAUACAAACUGUUAUAACAGUGCGAGAUUUUACACAAGUAUUUGAUGCGUUCUCUCAGUUCGAAAAAUCUAUGAUAGCAGCUAAAAUGGAGAGCAUGGAAGAAAGUGGUGCAGGAGAAGAAGAUGAUUUAGAUCUAGAAUUGAGGUUAGCAAGAUUAGAGAAUUUGAUGGACAGACGACCAUUAUUGUUGAACAGUGUCUUGCUUCGUCAGAAUCCUCACAAUGUACAUGAAUGGCACAAAAGAGUUACAUUGUAUGCAGGAAAACCUAGAGAGAUUAUUAAUACUUUCACUGAAGCUGUACAGACAGUUGAUCCACAACAAGCAUCGGGUAAACCACAUACAUUAUGGGUGGAAUUUGCUAAAUUUUACGAGGAGGCUGAUCAAGUAGACGAUGCAAGAGUGAUAUUUGAUAAAGCAAGUAAAGUUCCAUAUAAACAUGUUGAUGAUUUGGCAUCUGUUUGGUGUGAAUGGGCAGAAAUGGAAAUAAGACAGGAUAAUAACGAAGAAGCUUUAAGACUAAUGCAAAAGGCAACAGCGCCACCUCCAAGAAAAGUGGCAUAUCAUGAUGAGACAGAAACUGUUCAAAAUCGUGUUCACAAAUCACUGAAAGUCUGGUCAUUAUAUGCUGAUUUAGAAGAGAGUUUUGGAACAUUUAAGUCUUGUAAAGCUGUUUAUGAUAGAAUAAUAGAUCUUAGAAUAGCUACACCACAAAUCAUUAUUAAUUAUGGAAUGUUUCUAGAAGAAAGCAAUUACUUUGAGGAGGCCUUUAAGGCAUAUGAAAAAGGUAUUGCUUUGUUUAAAUGGCCUAAUGUGUAUGAUAUAUGGAACAAUUAUUUGGCCAAAUUCAUUGAAAGAUAUGGUGGCACAAAACUUGAACGUGCACGAGAUUUAUUUGUACAAUGUUUGGAAGCUUGUCCACCUAAAUAUGCCAAAUCUAUAUAUCUUUUAUAUGCUAAGUUAGAAGAAGAUCAUGGUUUAGCUAGACAUGCUAUGGCUGUAUAUGAUAAAGCCACUAGAGGUGUAUUACCUGAAGAACAAUAUGAGAUGUAUAAUAUAUAUAUUAAAAAAGCAGCAGAAAUAUAUGGUGUUACACAUACACGUUCUAUAUAUGAAAAGGCUAUAGAAGUUCUUGAUAACCAUCAGUCAAGGGAGAUGUGUUUGAGAUUUGCUGAUUUAGAAAGGAAACUGGGUGAAAUAGACAGAGCUAGAGCUGUUUAUGCUCAUUGUUCUCAAACCUGUGAUCCUAGGACAACACAAGCAUUCUGGGAUACAUGGAAAGAGUUUGAAAUUAAACAUGGUAACGAAGAUACAGUAAGAGAAAUGUUGAGAAUAAAACGUAGUGUACAAGCUACAUAUAAUACACAGGUUAACUUCAUGUCUGCUCAGAUAUUAGUUGCUUCUGGAAAGAAAACAGAAAGUUCAGAUGGAAUCGAAAAUAAUGAAAUGAGGAAGCUAGAAGAGAAAGCAAGACAGUUAGCAGAAGAAUCAGUUCGAGAUCAACCUGCUGCUGAGAAGAAACUAUUGUUUGUCAGAAGCUCAACAACAACUGAAGAAUUGGGUGAAAUGACCAAAACUAAUAAUCCAGAAGAAAUUGAUAUUGAUGAAUUUGAAAGUGAUGAAGAUGAAGAAAUAGAAGAAGUGGAAGUUCAGCAGCAGUCGGUACCAUCAGAAGUUUAUGGUGGUUUAUUGAAAGAAGAAGAUGACGAAUGAUUUGUUAUUAUAUAGGAUUAUUACACAAAAUACAUUAUUUUCUAUAAAUAAUUUGUUGUUUAGUAACUUACUGAUCGAGUCCUAGGAUACUUUGCAGUUCACACCAAAUUUGAAAAUCUGUCCCUCUCAGGGCCCCAAAUGCUUUACACAAAAUUUGGGGAAAAAAACCUAUUCAAAACUGGAGCCUCAGGGGGUUUUUUAAUGGGGGAGCUGAGUAUUGAGAGGGUUCAUUGUUAUACUUAUGCAUAUAUGGCAAACAUUAUUAGCGUUUCCAGUGGAUGAAGAAAGGACUAACUCUCAUUCAUAUUACCGGUAUUAUUGAAGACAACUUUAUUGCUAUAUCAUAGUAGUAACAAAUGAUAGGGAUUUGUUGCACUUGAUUAGAGAAUGCAAGCACUGUUAACAAGUUCAUCUUACUCUGCUGUACUUGCUUACAAGUUAAAAGUUACUCAUACAAAAUAAACAUUCAUAUACAGUCAUUACCUAAUGCUUCACAAUAAACGUUAAAAAAUGUAGCCUCUGCUAAAAACUGUAGCCUCUAUCACAUACACAAGCUAAUUGUUGACAGACGGACAUGGGUGACGACAUAAUAUGCACCCACUAAGAAAUGGGCAUACAAAAGUUGCUAAUAUACUAAUAGAACUUGAUAACCACUGAAUAAAAUACA